AAUAGUUUUAUUUUGAAUGCUGAGGAACAUGAAAGCAUUUGUCCACUUGUUUUUUGCCCUGGCUAUUUUGGCAGUGGCCUACGCCUUCGAUCAGUGUCCGAAAGUCAACGGUGAAUACGUCGAGCGUCUCGCUAAUCCAGUCGACUGCAGGACCUUCUUUAAAUGCGAAACCGGUGUUCCCAUUCUACAAGAAUGUCCCAAAGGUCUGGAAUACAAUGCUCAAUUGGAAGUUUGUGACUGGCCCGAAAGUGCCAACUGCCUAACAGCGGAAUAUUUCGGAAAAUACUGAUUGCGAGAUGAUAAAAUUGACGAAGGUGAUGAAAAGGAGGGGGAAACGAAAAAGAAAACCCGAGACCAAGUGUUCACG